UUCGUGCAUCAAAUUGAUAGUUGAAUUUAGGGUUUACCCGACAAAUCUCUUCAAUAACCCUCAUGACCAAGUGUUGUGGCGUGCGGCAGCGAUAUUGAAAAUCUUGAUCAGAGUACACACUUCUAGUAACAAAAUAGUCAUGAAUCAUUUGUUCGUGACUUUCCUCUCGAAAUCUCCAUGUAUAUCUUCUUCUCAGUACAUCUGCUGGUUCCGGAUCUCGCGCAACUUGGUAUGUGUAUAAUUGUAUCAUGAUGUUGAUGAUCGUUCUGUUAUCGUCUGAAUCUGCAUCCAUUUGAUCCAUCUACUGCAGUAGUUGGGCAGAACUAUAUCUUUCCCGCGAUCAACAUUGAGAUCAAACGAGGAACGAAAACCCUAAAAAAAGUAAAGUGAUCCAGUAGAAUGACUGUACUAAUGAACUUUCUAAGAAGAUCUCCCUUCAAUAAACAUCGAUUCUUGUCUGUGGUUUCUUCUUCUAGAUUUGCAAGUACAUUGGUCCUAGGGGAACAUGAAAAUGGGCAUAUGAAACAAUCAUCGUUAAGUGCAAUAGAAGCAGCGUCAAGGGCAAUCGAUGGCGGUGAGGAAGAAAAUUCCAUUUCAGUUCUAUUAGCAGGAUCAGGUGAAUCCCUUCAAAAAGCUGUUUCACAUGCUGCAAUGAGUCAUCCUUCAAUUUCACAAGUGCUUGUGGCAGAUUCAGAUAAACUAGCCCAUCCUCUUGCUGAACCUUGGGCUGCAUUAGUCCAUUUGAUUCAACAGAGAGGAGGUUACUCGCACAUAAUUGCUGCCUCAAGUUCCUUUGGGAAGAAUGUUCUGCCACGUGCGGCUGCUCUUUUAGAUGUUUCUCCAAUUACUGAUGUCAUUGAUAUUUCCGGGCCUAAACUUUUUGUCAGGCCUAUUUAUGCUGGAAACGCUCUUUGUACUGUUCGAUACACCGGUGUAAAUCCUUGUAUGCUAACCAUUAGGUCCACUUCGUUCCCUGUGUCGCUUAAUUCAGCUGAUUCCAGAUCUGAAGCAGCUCCCAUCUCCCAGGUUGACCUCUCAACCUUCAGUGAAGAUAGUGUUGGCAAAUCUCGAUAUGUAAAUCAUACAUCCCAAGAUACAGAACGUGCGGAUCUAGGAAGUGCGCGAGUAGUGAUCACAGGGGGUAGAGCACUUAAGAGUGCCGAAAACUUCCAACUAAUACAGAAGCUUGCAGCAAAGCUUGGUGGAGCAGUUGGUGCAACUCGGGCAGCUGUUGAUGCAGGGUUUGUUCCUAAUGAACUCCAGGUUGGUCAAACUGGAAAAAUUGUGGCUCCAGAGUUGUACAUGGCAUUUGGGGUUUCUGGAGCCAUCCAACAUUUGGCAGGCAUGAGAGACUCUAAAGUCAUCGUUGCUGUAAAUAAAGACGCAGACGCUCCCAUAUUCCAGGUCGCUGAUUAUGGUCUUGUAGCUGAUGUCUUCGAAGCGAUACCAGAACUGUUAGAAAAACUACCCAGCAAAAAAUAGGGGAAACCAGAGUUAAAGAAACUGCAUUGACGCACUGUACUGUAUAUAUGCACCAGAUUAUACCCGCACAAGCUAGUUUUCAUUUUUCAUUAAUCCGCCUUCAGGCAAUAAACUUGUCUUCAAGUCUUAGUAUUAUCCCAGCUGCCUCUGAAGUGGCUCUUCUGGGAAAUGUUACCUUACCAUCUCGUUAUUAACCUCCUGGAUCUUGUUUUCACCAAUGUUUUUUCUUUUUAGGAGAAAAAGAAAAGAAAAUCCUAAUGUAUGUCACCGUUAACACCACACAUUCAUGUAAGCUCGCUAUGCCUUCAAUAUUUCUAAAAUAAUCUUGAAUUGCGGUAGCAGCAUAUUGAGAUGA